AUGCCAACACUUCAAUCAAUAUCAGAAUUAGCUGAAGAACCAAAAACUUGUGAUCGUAUGGCUCAGUUGGAUAUCAAAUCAAAUGGUCAAUUAGCUUUAAUCCAAAUACAAACUAUACCAUCUCAAUUACCAUCAUUAUUAAUAUUAAUUGAAUUACAACAUCUUUCAUUUGAUAAUCCACCUACGUAUGUAAAAAUUAAAGAAUUUUUUUCAUUAGUAUUUAGAUCUGGAAAUGAAUUAUAUUCUUGGGGUAAUAUGGACAAGGAACUUGAUCCAGCAAAAGAUUAUCAUUUAUUUAAUUGGUCAAUAUUAGCAUAA